GAUAUACUUGGGGCUGGGAUAUACUUGGGGCUGGGAUAUACUCAGGGCUGGUCCGUUAUUUCAAGUUAGAAUCCCCUUAUUGCUUCAAAGGGCUUCACUCCGAUUGGGCAGCACCUUCUCCCUCCAGACAAAGGACCUUCUGCGACUCCCAGAAAACAUGGCAUCGAAAAGAGGGAUUGCAAUUGUAUCGCGGGAAAAUCCAGAAUCCUACGACUGGCUGAUCCAUUUUCUCCUGUCUAUUCCUGGACUGGAUGUCCGACCCAUCUAUGUUACCAAUUCCAACUCCAGGAACCUUAUACAGAUGGUCUCCAAGUGCACAUUUGCCAUCCUGUACCACUCCAAGAAGAGAGGAAGAAUUAAUGUAACAGAUGUACCAGACUCAUUAUAUGACCAGGAACUCAAUGAAUUGUCUAAGCACUUUGGGAGAGAGAAAGUCAUGGUGGUGAUUGAUGACCUGACGGACAGCAGCUUGGAGGAGAAGAGACGUCUCCUGGAGAAACAGCCGAGCAUUGAGACAUUGGCCCAGGAGCUCUUCCUCUUCACCAAUCAGGAUAAGGCUAAUAUUGGGCAAAAUCCAAAUACUGGGUCAGCGGCAUCCAAGAAGCUCAGGAGGAUGAAAAACAUAAUUGAGGCAAGAGAUCGCACUAAGAAGAUUGUGCCAGUACAAAAGGAGUCUCCCCGCAAAGGGAGUGACUUUCAAAUGACAAUCGAUAACCCUGGCUCGGAAAAGGUGAGCUGCUGGAAGAGGUACGCCAUAUGGAUAGUUUUCUUUGCGCUCAUCGUUUUGAUCCUCGUGAUUUGCGUGGCCACACAGUACAGACACAAGCCGGAGGCAAUAAGUUCUCCACUGAACGCUACUACUGACGAGUGGACCACCGUUUUUAGCUCGAUCAAGCCUACCACAUUUCCAUCUCCAGAAAACUUUACCUUGAGCCUGGAAAAUGCCACCACAAUUGCAGAAAAUGUUACCCUGUAUACAGAAAAUGCCACCACCGUUCCAGAAAACUUUACCCUGUAUACAGAGAAUGCCACCACUGUUGCAGAAAAUUUUACUGAAAAUGCCACCACAGUUCCACAAAACUUUACGCUUUACACAGUAAAUGCCACCACCCUUCCUGAAAACAUUACCACUGCUGCCACCACAAUACCAGUCAACCUUACCACCAUUCCAGUGACGUCCACCACACCUGUAGAAACUUUUACCCCUACUACAGUAAUAACCACAACCAGUCCAGGAACUACACCUUCUAGACCAGAACGUGUCACCCUAAUCCCACUACCAGACACAGUCAAGGAAAAACUGAAACAGAUUCAAGAUCUGAUAGCUUCACUCCUAAAUCCCUAGAUUUCUUCCCUCUUGCCUGAGGGUCUUCUUGCUGUUACAGCCUAAGAAUAUUAUAUACAGGAGUCUUCUUGUACCAUUCACAAUGCCUAACUGCCUCCAUGUGCAACUGAACGGAUACAAGUUUGGAAAUGCAGUAAGACUACACCAUGUUCUGUUCCAAUCAUUCUCAUUAUGAAGACCAUUCUACAAAAAUGCUUACUGAUGCUCCUCCUGCUUCAUAUAUAAAGUAGCACCACGCUGGCCCUCUUCAUGGCCAACCCUGCGUCAAGGACCACUGCUUAUUAACACAGAAUUACAUACCACAUAAAUUACUGACAACUGUUCCAGGCAUGUUAGAUCUCCAGGGCAUGGGAAGAAACAAUGGGUUUCAGUUGGUAGGAAGGUUAGGAUGAGAUGGGUGAAAAUAUUAGAACACAAGGCAUCUCCUCUGAAUAUAAAGAGAUAAGGGAUAUAGGGGCAGUGAAAUGAUAUAAGAAUCUUGGGAAUCAUUGGAAUGGAAAGCAAUUGAUGCUUGAGUGGGUUGGGUGUCUUUGGGGGACAGGUUGGGUUGUGAGUUGAUGGUGAGCAGUAAGUUGCAGUUGAGGAAAGGGCCUAUGCCAGCUCCUUCAGUCUGGGUGGGUACUAAAGAUCCAUUUUACUCUUGACAAUUUUACACCAGGGUCUUCCUCCCUUCUCCACUCCAUUGGUGGUAUUAAAUACAGUUGAUAUCCAUGUAGAACUCUGCAGGUUGAAGGCUUUUUACUCAGGUGUGAGUAGUGGUUUUGUGUACAGAGUAAAAAACUACACAAUAAACCAAAAACCUCUUACCUGUAAUGGGAGAAGAAGAAUGGAUAUCACCAGUGGUUGCAACUGAGUAGUGCUAUCUGAUUAUGAAUAAAUUCUGAAAGAAGAGCAAUAUGGGUAAUAUAAACCGGCAAUGUACAAGUGGGAGAGAUUGCUUGAAUGGUUGCUAUGGGAUACCAGACCUGCAGAAAACAUUGGUCCUGUUAUUGCAUUGACCCUUUUUCAUUAUCAUUAAUAAAUGACUACCACGUAUCUGCCACCUAUAAUCUGUGCCUCUCGUUAACUAGCCAAUUAUAUUGUUAAUAAAAAAAAAACUUCUUUCUGCCGUCACAUUUCCAUGAUGUUCACCUUCCAUAGAAAAGUUAAUUAAACACUGGAAAAAAAUGUUUACACUGUAA